AUGGAGAGAAUUAAACUUCUCAAAAACAUACAUCAUAUCUCUAUCAUUGCCAUUUUAGAACCUUUCUCUGACAAUACUCAACUGCAGUACUUCAGAAAUCUUCUCAACAUGGACUAUGCUACUCAUAACCCUAAUGGUAAAAUUUGGAUUUUCUGGACAAAAGAUGUGAGUUGCACUAUUUUGGAAAAUGAGGAACAGCUGAUCACUUGUGACAUUAACCAUGUUAUGAGCCCUAAUCAGUUCAUUACUACCUUUGUGUAUGCCAAGUGUAAGGACCACCUCAGAAGGCCUCUAUGGGAUAGCAUGCUGCAGCAGUCCACUACCUCUCUUCCAUGGUGUACUGUAGGUGACUUCAAUGUUAUUACUGACCCUGAAGAAAAACUUGGGGGGGUCAUGUAUAAUAUGAGAAAGAGCCUUGAGUUCAUUAGUAUUAUAGAGGCUAGUGGCCUGCAAGACCUUGGCUUUACAGGGCAGAAAUACACCUGGUGCAAUCAAAGAGGCAUCAUGUCCAGGGUAUGGAAGAGACUUGAUAGGGGAAUGGUUAAUGAUAAAUGGCUGGAAACCAUGCCCCUUACUUCCAUAACUCAUCUUCCAUCAGUUGGUUCUGAUCAUUGCCCUCUUCUUAUGGAAAUGAUAGAUCAACAUCAUAAUCCCAUCAAAUACUUCAAGUUCCUUAACUGUUGGCCUGAACAACCUUCCUUUAUGGAUCUUGUUGAGAAUUGCUGGAGCAGGUCCAUUGAGGGUAAUCCAAUGUGGAUCUUUCACAUGAAGAUGAAGAGGCUUGCUAAUACUCUUAGUAACUGGUCUAGGAACCAAUUUGGUGAUAUCCAUGCUAAAGUUAAAGAGUAUGAGGAAGCUGUUAGACAAGCUGAAGAGGACCUGAUUAACAGGCAAUCCAAUGAAAACAGAUCCAAGCUUCAUGCCAUCAAUGCUGAAUACAUCAGGUAUAUGAAAAUGGAGAAUACUAUCCUUAGGCAAAAGACUCAGCUGCAGUGGUUUAAAGAAGGUGAUAUGAAUUCUAGUUACUUCCAUGCCCUGAUUAGAGGCAGAAGAAGGAAGUUGUACAUUCACAGGAUUCAGACUGAGGAAGGCUCAUGGGUGCAGGGUGAUGCUGAAAUAGCUGAGGCAGCCUGUGAGCAUUUCCAGCAGAUCUUCACUGGGGAAGAGAAUUACAUCCAGCAGCAUAACCUUCAAUGCAUCCCCCCUAUGGUUACUGACCAGCAAAAUGAGACCCUCCAAGCCACCCCAUCUAUGGAAGAGCUGAAAACUGUGGUCUUUGCCAUGAAUCCCAACUCAGCAGCUGGCCCUGAUGGGAUGAAUGUUAAUGGAUCUAGACAUGGUUUCUUUCACUCCACAAGGGGCCUCAAGCAGGGUGACCCUCUAUCCCCAGCCUUAUUCAUCCUUGGAGCUGAAGUUCUCUCUAGACUUAUGAACAAACUUCAUCAUCAUCCUCAGUUCCAUGGAUUCUACAUGUCUCAAAAGGGUCCUCAGAUUAACCACCUUAGCUUUGCUGAUGAUAUCAUUAUUUUUGCUUCUGGAAGGAAGCAAACCUUGACUCUCAUCAUGGAGACUUUGGAUACUUAUGAAAAGACCUCUGGACAACUGAUCAACAAACAUAAAAGCCACUUCAUGAUUCCUUCCAAUGCUUUCCAAUCUACUGUGCAGAGAAUCAAGGAUAUUACUGGCUUCACUCAAAAGAGCAGCCCCAUCACCUACCUGGGAUGCCCCAUUUACAUUGGAAGGCAGAGAAUUAUCUACUACUCUGAGCUUAUUGCAAAGGUAGUUAAUAAGAUCACAGGAUGGCAGGCAAAGAUCCUGAGCUAUGGGGGCAGAGUUACUCUUGUCAAACAUGUCAUACAAGCCAUGCCUAUUCACUUGCUUGCAGCCAGCACUCCACCCUCCACUACCAUCAAGCAAAUCCAAAGUAUUACUGCCAACUUCUUUUGGGGGUGGAAGAAUGACAAAAGGAAGUACCAUUGGUCUUCUUGGAAGAACCUGAGUUUCCCAUAUGAUGAGGGGGCAUAG